CAGAAGUAGCAGCAGCCGAGUGCUCGUGGGGUAGUCAAGGCAAAUACAUACACAUCAAGCCCUGCCUGCCGAGGCUUGUUAUAAUCGUCGCGGCGCGAGAGGGUGGAAUUUUCACGCCGCGCGUGUCGGAAACUUAUCGAACGCUUCUCGCGACGACGUCUGCUGCUGCUGACGGCAUAGGUGCACAGUGGCUGCAGAAGAGAUCUCGCAGCCUGCAGAGAUGCAGUCGUCAUCGUCGGCGGCGGCAGCUGCUGCUGCUGCUGUUGUGCCUGCAGCUUACCGCGAAUUAUUAUCAUCGCUGUCGCUGCUGCCACUCGAGUAGAUUAUAACAGAGAGACAGAGACUGUCUCGAACGAGCGUGAAAAGAAGGAGAUAGCGUGCAAGCCGCAAGAAUACGACCGAGCAUAAACUGACGCAUACUCGGCACAAAAAGGAAGGACGAACGCUGUAAUUACAAUCGUGCACAAAGACAGAGUAGCAACAGCAGCAGCCUUCGCUUAUGGACUGCGAUUAUUUUCAUUAGGCUGUGCCAAUUCAUCGAUAUUUAUGCAUCCUCGGUGCUUCGUGGUGCCUCCAAAGCAGUGAACGUGUCGCGGCCUCUCACAGUUGUCCUAUAGGCUCGAGUUUACCGAUGGCAUUCCAGAGCGUAUACGUACGUACAGUGACAGUUGUCAAUUGAAUUAGCGCGUAGAUGUUUAUUAAAGGGAGUCGUCGAUCGGAGACAGCAGCUGGACUGCGGCAGCCGUAAACAUUGGCCCGAAGAAAGCGACAUCGUCGCGCGAUAAUUGCCGAAAGUCGCCAAAUACGAAAUUGGAAAGCUAUACCAAGCGAGGAGGAGCCCAUAUCGCACAGGCUGCAAAUUGCGAGUAAGCCACGGGAACGGAUAAUCAGCAGCUCGCCAGCACGCCUCACAGCAUAGCACAGUCGCUUAAAUGCCUCUGCUAUAUCGUCGACCCGAGCCAAGGCCAACAAGCUGCAUUACGUUGAUGAUGGAUCCCCAGGAGGGCGGCGAUCCGUCCUCGGGCGAGAUGAGCGAUCAGCUGAGCGACCUGUCGGUCGUCGACGUCUACGACAUCGCCUCGGAGAUCGGCAAGGAGUGCGAGAAGCUCAUCGACACCUACGGCUCGGACUCGAUCACCUCGCUCAUGCCCAAAGUCAUCAGCGCCCUCGAGCUGCUCGAGAAUCUCGCCACCAAGAACGAGCGCGAGAACACUCAGGUGCAGGAGCUCACCGCCAAGAUCUCGCAGCUCGAGUCCGACAAAAUUGGCAAGGCCGAGGACAGGCAGAGAUUCGAAAAGGAAUUGGAGCAGAUAGAGGAGCAUUGGAGGCAGGAGUCGAGGGAUUUAUUGGACAUGGUCACGAGAUUGCAGGAAGAAAAUAGACGCUUGGCCACUGUUAUACAAGAAUCCAGGAGUGACGUAGAUCACGAAAAACAAGCUGUCCCGACGAGUCAAGAGGUGGACAUCGCCGUACUUCAGCGCUUGAGGUCGAUGAUUGAUACCCAACGAGAACAAAUUCGCAGCCGCGACCGGGAGCUUUCACAAAAGAGUACCGAAAUCGAAAACUUAACUAAUCAGGUGGACAAAUUGACGGUGGUGGGCAGAGAAUUGAAGCGCAAACAGAGACAAGCUCAAAUGCAGGCGCGAGGACUCGUCGAGGAGCGCGCCGAUUUUCUAGCACAACUGCAGGAUCAGAAUCGCGAACUGAUAAACCUGCGGGCGAGGCUCGGCCUGGCCAGAAAAGAAAACGAGGACCUGACAAAGUGUCAACAGCCUUAUCCCGAUCUGUCGAACAAAGCCGUGUACGAUCUGGACGAUCCCGACAGGCCGCGAUUCACCACGACCGAGCUCAAAGAGAUACUGCACGAGAGGAACGAAUUGAAGGCUCGGGUCUCCGAUUUAGAAGACGAACUCGAGCUUUAUCGACCGAAAGCUCAACCUCCUGAAGAAGAAGACGCACCCGUGCAAGGACCAUUGCCAUACGAGCCGGACGAUGCGCCCUGGAAAAAAUCUUCCGAAUCUGGUAUUCGCAAGUUUUUCAGAAAAAUAUUUUCCGAGACAAGUGGAAGCUUUUUGGGUGGAAAUAGUCCUCGGCGAAGUCUUUCUAGUCUAUCGAAAAUGGCACUGUCUGGUAAUAGUGGCGGCGAGACGUCGAGCUAAUCGGCAAUCCAACGCAAUGAAUGAAUGAGUCGAAGAAAGCACAUGUUUUUAAAUGCCAAAAGAAUUAUAUAGAUAUUUCAAAACAUUCCCUUAGAGACAAGAGCCCGAAAAACAUAGAGAAAAUCAAAUUAGGAACGUUUAUAAUCCUACUAUUAGAGUUUUGUCUCUCAGCUGUCAUAUUCAAUGAUGUUCGUACGCGUUGACAGUUUAUUCAAUAUAUUACAAUUAUUAAUUAUUAGCAGAUACUAUAUAUAUAUUAUAUCUAUUUCAUAUGUUCAAAUGUGUAUUUUAUACGAUAUAUUUAUUUUGCGCGACGUUGUUAUUAACCGGAAAUGAACGAUGUUGACAAAGUUAUAUCUUUAAAAUGAAUGUAAGUUAUUUAAAGUCAAUCUAAUAACUAAAACAAUUUGCAGAUUUUAAUUUUCGCUUUGUUGAGCAAAUAACGAAACUAAUAAAUAAAAAGAUGCAUUUUUCAAUUAAU